GCUGCAUCGGCAUUGAACAGACAGACCAACAUCAUAUCACAUAUCGAAAGACAGAGACCAACAGCAGCAUGUCCACCAACAAAAUCAUAUUUUUCGAUAUCCCCAGCAGGUCGCCCCAGGUUUGCUGGUCGAUGAAUACCUGGAGAACGAGAUUACUUAUCAAUUAUAAAGGCCUCGAUUAUAAGACCGAAUGGCUUGAAUAUCCCGAAAUCAAGGAGCGCCUUAGUGAACAUGUAUCCCCAAAUGAACAAGGCGCACCCUUCACAUGCCCAACAAUUCAAUUGCCUGACGGCUCAUACAUAAUGGACUCUUACAAGAUCGCCGACGUCAUCGAGGAAAAGUACCCUGAGCCCAGUGUACACCUGAACAACCCAAUGCAAGACCGCCUGCGCGCAUCAAUGAUUAAAUUCAUGACAGAAAUGGUUCCAAUCUACGUCCCCGGCGUCGCCAAAAACAUCAUCGGCGAAAAGAGCAUCGAUUUCUUCCUCGCCACGCGUUUACAAGACGUCGGCAUGCCUCUCUACGAGUACGGAGAAAAGCACUCCCCUGGAGCUUUUGACAGAGCGGAGCCGUUCGCGCGUGAGAUCACGGCCCUGCUGGAGGAGAAUACUUCUGGGCCGUUUUUGUUGGGCGAUGUAGUGAGCUAUGCUGAUUUCAUCUGGGCGGGUAUUUUGCUGUUUUUCCAGUGUCUUGGCGAGAAGGAGUACAAGGAGGUGCUGAGAAUAACCGGAGAUGGAGACGUUCAUACUAAAUUCCUGGAUGGGCUGAGACCUUGGACGGAGAGGAAUACCUGAUGCUAUCGAUAAGGGAUGGGCGCGAAAUGAGGCUGGCUGAAUUUAGGCUAAUUACCCUAUUCAGUCGAGCUUACAUUCAGCUGAUUGGACAUUCAAGGCCUUGAUAUAUCUCGAUGAAUAGUAUUUGGCAAUAUAUCAUCUAUCCA